AUGAACGCCAAAAGCUUGAACAUGUGCACUGAGAGUCUGGGAAGCGAAACGGGCAGCGACCACAUUUGCGAGAGCUGCUGCAUGGAUGAAUGCUCUUCUUCGCUGUUCUUGUUGGAGAAACAGAAAUACCAACAAGGGUUUUCAAAGUCUUAUGGGUUCAAGAAAAUGAAGGGGAAGAAGGGCAGUUUUCCACCUCCCCUCACUUCAAUAAGCCGCCUUGAGGGUGUUCAAGUUAGGCCUUUCCGUGAAGAGGGUCGCUUAGUGAUCAAAGCUGUGAAUAUAGCAACUACUCCUGCCUCUUACUUCCACACCCACCGCUCCAAUGGGAGGCUUACGCUUUCCCUCACAAAACCAGAGCAUCUUCAAAGCCAACAAGAAGAAGAUGAUGAAGAAAGUGACGCAAAUUUGAGGGGAGAGGUUGCUCCAUUUUGCUAA